GAGAGAGCAGCAUCCUUUUAAGGUGCAUGUCAGCACUUGUUAAGAAGGAGGAGGAUGAGGAGGAAGACAUCUCAACCAGACGACUCUGAUUUCACCAUCAAAAUAAAAGCACAUUAACUUGAGCUGAAAAGACACAAAUCACCUUAUGCACAUACAGUAAGACCACAUAUGUAGUUUCUGAUUGUUAUGUCUGGUUUUGGACUUUCCAUGAGGCGCACAUUUUUGUUUCGUUUUUAUAUUGCAGAUCUUCACAAACAAGUACAUAUGGUUUUCAGUAAAACUGACAAUGUGCACACUUUUACAUGUCUGGCAUUCAUGAUUCACAGUUUAUAUUCAUAUUCCCCACUGAUUAGCACAAUAUUCUAUGGUGUGUUGACUGUCUCAACAAAUUGAUGAACUCAAGUAUUAGUAAGAGAGAAUGGUCACAAUAAAAAGCAAGUCGGGCAAAAAUUUAGAAACAUAAAUUCAUUUGGGAAACUAUAUGUACAAUAUAUCUGUUUUUUAAUUGACAGUCUGUGCGAAAUGUAACCAAGCAACUGUUAAGUCGACUAAGCAAUGUGCAAAAGUUCAUAGCAUGAUAAAUAAAAUCAAGCAUAAAUAAUGUAUUCUUUAGGGGUCUUUACUUUUUUAGCUAAUCUUUAACACAAAAAUAUUUAAACAGGAACAAACAUAGAAAGAAACAAUAAUUACCCCACUGGGUUCUAUGAACGUCACUUGAGUUUUAUUCUGAAAAUGCACACCGGACGUGAGCGCUUCUUCUUCUUCUUGUUCUUUUUCGGCUGUGUUUACAAAUACUCUUGAAGCAGGAGAAAAUCCUUCAGACCGAGCAGCGACAAGCACCGAGAACGAGGAGCUCCGUUAUUCGGUACAUCUCGUCGCUAUUUUUGUUUUUGAUGGGUUAAUAUAACAGAAAUAUAAACCAACAUAUUCAUAAACCGGGAAACUCGACAUGGAAUGACACGUUUUCACGGGAGUGGACUUUUAACAUGGUCUUGUGAUCCUUCACCGGUUGUUUUGGCACAUUUGUAUCCCUUCUGAUGUCCACCGUUGACGGCCGGUUCCUGACCUGCAGACAGCCUCACCACGGAGCGUCAGACAGAAUCUACUACUGAGAUGGCACGCGCAGAGACCAUUGAGAGCGUUGGGGAAACUGGAGGAAGAGGAGGAAACGAGCCUCUACCCCAUCACCACACAUGCCGCAUGGAGCUGCCCCGCCCCUUCUACAGCUGUCCCGGCCUGCUCACCACUACCGCCUUUAGCUCUGGGACCGCUACCGUACACAGCCGUCACCAGCACCACCUUCACCUGCAACCUCUGCAGGCUCUGUACCCGCUGCCUUACCCCCAGCAGGAGGACCAGGACGAGACCCGGAACCACCAGCGGUCACCUGCUUUCUCGCCAUCGCCUCCACGUUCACCACUCUGCAAUCGGAGGGAAGGGAGGGGCAGCGGCAUGGCAGCACCCAUUGCCUUCACAGGAGAGCAGCCAGCAGAUUCGCACAGAGACGAGCGUCGGGACGUUUACAGCCGACAGGGGCCCCUGCCUGACCUGCUGCCCCAGAACGAGCUCUCAUCUCGGGCUUCCCCGCGCCAGAGAGCCCCCCCCGGAGGAGAGGCGGUGCAAGAGGUGGAGGUCAGGGUGGUGGCGAGCCAGCUGAGGGCCAUUGGGGAUGAGUUUAACGCGAGAGUCUUCCACAGAGCGCACGUCGCCCCCCACUGGCAGGAGUGGAGGGACGCCUGCCGAGGACUCCUCAACUUCAUCACCCAGACUCUCAGCACUCUCUACAGGCUCACGUAGAGAGAGAGAGACGCCUCGUCCGCUCAAUCACCCGACUUCACACAUCCGGGGACCGUCGGACUGCAGCUACUGCUGAUCGGACUGGUGGCUGUUAGCCCGGAGGAAAAUUAACAUUCGUGCGUGGACAAAGAAUUUGGAGGAAGCAGCCCGAGGUGUCGGCUGAAUCAGGGCGCCACCUGUGGAGACUCGACACCCCCCCCCCCCCCCCUGCCUGUCUGUCAGUCUGCUGGUCCGGACUGCAGCCGACGGACAGAUACCUUCCUACCUGUAUUUUUUUUUUAACCCACUGACUUUCGCUGUCUUUGGCUCGGCUCUUGUGUGUGUGUGUGUGUGCGUGUGUGUGCAUGCAUGCCAGACAUGGGUCAAACAUAUAAGUUGUGUUUACUGAGAUUUCAGUGGAAAAUGAGAGGAUCCAGACACUUCAAACUCUAUACCGUUUUAAAGUGACGUGUUUUUUGAAGUCUCAAUAAUCUUUUGGGAUCUUUUUCAUUCGGCAAUAAUAUGUCACCAUUUUUUUUGGGCCGAUGUUUUUUAAAAAAUAUUUUCAUUUUAACGAUCGAUUUCUCUCCAAUUCUUCCUUUUUGAUUAUGUAAAAAAACAAACAUGAUUUGACCUUCGUCUGACGUGCGACUUGUCGUUUCUCUUUCUUACACACUGUGAAACUGGAUGCAGUUUGUUGCAUCGUAGGGAGAAAAAAAGCAAGAAGGGUACUGUAUCCCUCAGGGGGAAGUCUGCUUCAUACGAUGACGUGCCUUCUUCCACUCAGCACACUGCUGAGAUGCUAAUCUCCGAAAGUAGGACAGCCACACACAUUUAAUGACACACGCACACACAGCAGACACACACGCAGACGCUCUUCAAAUGCUUUGUUUGCAGGUGUCAUUUGCAUUACAUUCAAAUGCUCCGGCAUCAGCAUGGCUUUGAGGGCGUUUGAGGACAGACGCGAGGAGCAAUUCUCCCGCCGCACAUUUGGGCCGUUCCUCCGCUCACCGUGUCGCCCGCCCGCUCCCACAGGGUUUUAAUAAUUACCUGAUCGGUUGUAAAUACUCUUUUGGAAGAGGGAUCUGAACUAAUACGGACCAAGUACUUAUUGUGUGUUCCCGGUGUUCGGGAGAUUUCUUGUCGUCUUCUUCUUCUGAGCGGCCAUCGGCAACAGUUUGAAUUUAAAUCCAGUGGAUUUGACAUGAUAUUCCAUGAGUUAAAUGAAAAAAAUAAUCUGGAUCUUUUGAUUGUUAAAAAAGUAUUUGAUGUUUUUGUAAAAUGACCCUCCCCGCCUUCGGUUUUCACUGUAGUUUGGGAGACAAUGUUGAAUUACUCCUCUUAAGAGCAUAAUUUAUUUUGGACUGUAGCCUAUCUGUAGCUUUUUUUUCUUCAUUUUUGUAUGUAUUAUUUAUUUACUUUCUUACAUUCCUGAUCAAAACUCUGAAAAAAGUUGUACUUGAGUUGUAACUGGUAAAACAUUGACUAAGAUGGGAGCUAAAGCGCUGCGCUACACACAGAGAUGCGGAUAGCAGAUGGAACAAAAUAUCCACUUUUAAAGUCCCGAUAAUUUAAAACAGUACGUUGUUUUAAAGGAAAGCGAUGCAUUGGCUUUCCAUGCGUGGAUCAGAUGAGACGAGAAAGUACCAUAAUCCUCCCCGUUUAUACUCUUGAAACCACAAAGAAGAGUAAUACUGACUGAACUACGACAUUAUUAAAUGUGAAUUUAAAUCCCAAACUGUGCUACACCUGCUAAGUCUAUACGUUUAUGUACUGUAAUGUACUCUGGCCCAGAGCGCCCAUUUAGUGGAAUAGUUAAUUUGUUUAUAUCGGGGGGAAAUGUUUGACUGAAAGCCUUUGAUGUUAAAACCCCUCAGAAGCAGGGAUGUGAUUGGCUGUCGCGGUUUGACAUUGCCACUCCCACUUGUCCUGAGCUACAUUGUUGUGUAGUUUGAAGCACCGGCCCCCUUGUUUUGACCAUUUCUGAGAGCCGUGAUGUAUAAAGUCCUCUGUGCAGAUGCUCGGGCUGACAUGACGGCGCCAUCUGCAGCAGACGCUUGUUCGCCGCCUCUGUUCUCGUGUUUUGAGAUCGGUUCGCUAGCUGUGCUUUCGGACAUGUUCGCUGUCGUCGCCCCAACAAACAACGGUCCGCGUCAGUCACCAUGCAGUGUGUAGUUGCUGUUUUUCAACUUUUUUCUAUUGUAAACUUUCUCCAUGAAUUUUGUACUUUCUUUCCCCUCUUUUUUUAUACAAUAAAGAUAAGGACAACUAUA